ACUUCUAUGUAUCUAGAGUGGACAAUUUCAGGACAAUCUCUGAUUAGCAGCGGCUUUAUUAUUCUUUUCUUAUUCACAUCAUACUUAAAAAAACAAAACAUACACAUAUAUAUACACACAUUCACUCACAUUGAAGAUGCAAGAUGAAGAAACAUACAUGACAUUGAAUGUACGGUCAAAGAAAAGGAGUUCUAGCCAAACAUCUCAACUUAAAUGUAAAGAUUAUAGUGAGAUGUUGCACCGGUACAAAAUCUUAUUGGGAAUAUCUGGAACAGUAAAUGGUAUUCUCGUUUUGACUUUGAUCUCCUUGACUCUGUUGGUUUCUCAGGGUGUGUUGCUAAAAUGCCAGAAAGGAAAUAAUUCAAAUACCACCCAGCAUGAUGAUAUUGGAAACCUGAAAAGGAAUAGUGACACGAGAGGAAACAUAAGUAAUAAGGACACAGGCCACUGUGUUUCAAGAACUGCAGACCACACAGGAUUGUGCCCAUCAGAAUGGCUCAAAUAUCAAGAAAAGUGUUAUUGGUUCUCUAAUGAGAUGAAAAAUUGGAGUGACAGUUAUGGGUAUUGUUUGGGAAGACAAUCUCAUCUACUAAUCAUUCAGGACCAACUUGAAAUGUCUUUUAUACAGAAAAACCUAAAACAAUCAAAUUAUGUGUGGAUUGGGCUUAAUUUUACCUCCCUGAAGAGGACAUGGACCUGGGUGGAUGGUUCUCCAUUAGAUUCAAAGAUAUUCUUCAUAAAAGGUCCAGCUAAAGAAAACAGCUGUGCUGCCACUAAGGAAAACAAAAUUUACUCUGAAACCUGCAGCAAUGUUUUCAAAUGGGUUUGCCAAUAUUAGAAUUUAAAAAAAAUGAUAAUGGAAUAAUCAAUGAUAAAAUCUUUUGCCUAUUAGGUUCUAAUAUUAAUCUUUAGGGGUAAGAAUUUAAAACUGCAAUUGAACGCCAAAAUAGCUUCUUUAUUUUCCCUCAAUCACCUACAUUGGUCCUAGACUUGGAGUAACCCAUGUCAACAAUGUAAAAUACACUUUUCCCAUUUUUUAUGUGAUAAUGUAAUCCAGUGUGAGCUCAUGCAUUCAUAUUCAGAAUUUUUGUUCACUUUUUAUUUUACAAGUGUUAUCAAAUUAUGCCUACUUUUCUAUAUUUUGCUUUUUGAAUUCUUAACAAUAUCCUAUACAAAUUUUGUAUAGAUCUGAGUUGCAUUGUAGUGUGGAUUUAUACAUUUUUCACUCAUAUUGAUGAGCAUUAACUUUGUUUCCAUGUUUUUGCUACUAUAAACUACGCUGUAAUAAAUAUUCUGAAUAUUUUCUUAAGUAGUAGCACUUUUAUUUCUAUGACAUAAACUGUAAAACUGGA